AUGCGCUGGCCAAAAACUUUAGAAGAGAAAAUACUAGACGACCAAGGGGCUCAUGUUUAUGAGCUUAGUGGGCUUCCAGCAACGAGUUUGGGGAUAUUUUCAGGCGCACACCCCAAAGUAUUGGACUCGGCCAAGGAUCACUACACUACAAUGGACUUGUUUAAGAUGCAUUUCUCGCGAAUCUGCUUAACGUUGACAAUUUACGUUUACAUGUGGAUAGUCAGCUUACAUGAAUCCAUUUUGGAUACGGUUGAGUUGUUCCGGAUUCUUGAUUUAGACGUCAAGUACCAAUUGGUGCUCCACAGUAGGGAGCCUGGUCCAAACUACUUUCUCAACUUGUUCAACGACUUUGUAUCAUACUGGGAGGUGAUCCUCAACAUCCCCGCGUAUUUUUGGAAAGUGUUUCGCCGAGGAGGAAGCACCCCCAUUGGCCUAUUCAAGUGCUUGGAGUACAUUCCAAAGUCCAACACGCCAAAAUCCAUGUGCUUGAUCUUGCAUUGCGCGCCGCCUUUAAUAAAGCCGCCACCUAAGAUGCCGCAGCCAUAUCUCGACUCCAACCGUGCAGUUGUUAUUCCGGACAAGAAAGAAGUCCAAUACGUGCUCGCCAUUAGAAACGAGUACUUUACACAAUGCAAGUCGCAUGUGGCUGCCGAAAGAGUCAGGCUUUUCGGCGAGAUUGGCCGUUUCAUCACCUGGGCCUGUAUGGUGCCUUCACUAACUGAGUUGACCAUAUACGAGAAGCUGGGCAACUGCUGGGCCGAGGAUUCCGACUACCUCAACUCUUUAAAGAAUGCGAUAUUGGUGGAGUUGGUCACAAUGGCCAACACCGGCACCAAAGAGGAGUCCAAGCGGUUCAAGGCCUUGCUUCCGAAAAUCGUCUUGAUUGAAAUGUCAACAAAGGAAAAGAUUGUCAUCAACGAUGACGAUUCGGUGAUCCAAGAUGUUGGCGGAAGCUCAAUAACUGUUGAGGAGAUCAUUGCCGACUAUCAGGAAAAAGCGAGAACUCUUGUGGUUUAUUUAUGCGAUAGGAGAGUCCGAACGACCAACUAUCAAUCGCUAGUGGCGGGCGGAGAAGCCUUGCACGCGGGCAGUGAGCAAUUCGCCGAAGAGUUUCCUCCAAUGCCAGAGUUGAUAAUAGGAUGCAUGAACAAUGACAGUUCUAGAGAUCAACUUGAAGGGUACGCUUGUGUCGAAAAGGACGAACAAGCGCAGAACAUGGCGGUGGUUUACUUUUCGCGUCUUAGGUUUGGCUUUCCAUUCUUCUCAAGGUCGUUGUACCACUAUUCUUUGGAGCACCCUUACCAACUACCCGCUGAAGCUGGCAAAGCAGGAAAACCAGACAUCUAG